UCUAGUAUAGUGUGUUGUAUUUGGUGCACAAUAAAAUAAUUAUUUAAGUUAAAAAUUUAUGUGAUUUUCAUGUCAAAUGGUAUGGUAAAGACGAUAAUUACCUACUUUGAAAAUUUGUCAUCUUCUAUGGAUUCUGCAAAUAAUGGUUUAAUUAGAAAAGGAAGCAAUAAAUCCAAUCCUGAUAAUAGUGCAAGCAAAGUUAAACAAAUUGUAAACGAUUUCACAGAGAUUAAAAGACCUAUUAAAAACAGAGGUAUUGAGAACAACGCUUCUAAUACUUACAAAACAACCUCAAGAGGUAGUGCAAUUUCAAGAGAAGAUAUCAACAAUUAUCACAAAGGUCUAAGAAAUAAUUCCUUGAGAAGAAGCAAAAAUUCCUUAUGCAAAAUGAAAAAGCCACCAUUCGAAGAGAACUCUUCACCUAACAAAAAUGGUUUCACCGAUCGACAACAGAAAUACGAAUCACUUGCUAAAGAGGCCAUUGAAACAAAAGUAAAUAAAGAAAGGCUCAAACAAAAUGAAAUCGCAAACGAAAACUCUACUAACGAAACUAAUGGACAACAGGAACAAGUAACAGAAGACUUAAAUUUAAGUGACAAAAACGGAAAUGAUGACAAACUGCUGCAAAAACAAGAGGUAGACGAACCGCAUCAGCAAAGACAACAAAGUGAAGACUCAAGACAAAUAGUGGAAACAAGAAGAUAUGACACUUUAUACGACUCAGAAAAAGAAAGAGAAGAUGAAGAUGGUGAAAGUAGUGAUGACAUGUUUGGUUUUAAUAACUUUGAUGGAGAACAAGGUGAUAACUAUAUAAUCGAGACUUAUAAUGAUGAAGGUAAAGAACUUAUUAUCACAACAUUGGAAAUAACACGACGUACUGUGGAAGGAGAUGAAUGCGAAGAUAGUAUUAGAAGUCUAAUACAGAAUUCUGAUUAUGUUUUUCACACAGAAGAAUCAGUUACAGAGAAAGACAUUAUUGACGUAAAUGAAGUAUCCAUAUGUGAAAGUAUAAUUAACAAGUGUAUGAAAACAUCCAUGAGUGUGUCUACUUGGUUACCUCAUGAUGUUUCCGACGAUGAGGAAUUUUCAUCCGAAAGUAAUAAAUGCAACGAAGUUAAAACAAGACAAGAUGGAUUCUACGUAAAAGAUGACGACGAUGAUGUUCAUUCAACUUGUACUUUUCGCGGUUGUUUAGAUUCAAAUCGGGAAAAGGGAGAUAAUUUCUACCAUAACACAACACCCUCAUUUGAUUCUGAAGAAACAAAUGCUGCAGAUAAAAGGGAUGAUCCUGAAACUUCAAAUAAAAGUAAAGAGAAAAAAGAAAAAAUUAAUUAUAUUAUAGAAGAAAUCAUAAAGACUGAAGAGUUAUAUAUUAAUGGCUUGGACAUAAUAGUUAAUAAUUACAUGCCAUUUCUUAUGAAGGAAACCCCACUUGAUCUUAUUGGAAAGACUACCUACAUAUUCGGGAAUAUUGAAUUAAUCUACGAGAAUGCUAAACAAUUUCUUCUUUUAUUACAGGAAACUGGACUAGAUGCUGAAAAAAUUGCACAGUUAUUUAUUGACAAUGUUAAAAUGUUUGAACUAUACCCCUUAUAUUCAAAAAAUAAACCAACAGCUGAUAAAGUCCUUAAGGAGUUCGAUGAAUUUGUAAAACGAAGACAAAUACAACUAAAGGAUAAAUUAGGGUUGGCUAGUUAUUUGCUAACUCCUAUUCAACGAUUGGGAAAAUAUGUUUUGUUGUUGGAACAAAUUCAGAAAGAAUUAGACAAAAAACAACAAUCUUUAGUACAAAUUAAAAAGGCUGUUAGUGUCAUACGAGGUGUUAUGAGAAAAGGAAAUGAUUACAUUGCUAUAGACUCAAUUAAACAAAGCACAAUUGACUUAAGGUUACAAGGAUCGUUCAUAAUGAGAACGCUUUUUACUAUUACCAAACCAAGGAAGUUUCUAUCUAUGGUAUUUUUAUUUGAAAAUGUAAUCGUCUUUACAGAAAAAUCUCCUAAAAACGUAGAAGAGUUUAAGUAUGUGGACAAUAUACAAAUGAGUGACCUGGCUUUAAGGAUAUUUGAAGACAAACCAAACGUUUUCCACUUAACAAAUUAUACUAAAUCAAAAAAAGCAAUUCAGGAUGCGACCUAUGUUCUGGAAGCAGAAUCACCAAGAAUUAAAAACGAAUGGACUUCAGCAAUUGAAAGUAAAUUGUGGCUGCAAUUAGAAAAUGCAAAAGAGCUUCAGAAAAAAGUAAGUUAUUGUGAUCACAGACACCAAAAAAAAUUAUUAGGUUCAGUUAAAGAUGGAACUAGAAGUCUGGACAGAAAUCAAAGAAAACUUGGGCGCACUAAGUCAAGAUCAACAUUUUAUGCCCAAACAGAUACAUGACAGAAGAUUCUUAUUUAUUCUUAUUCUAAAUCUAGUCAGUGUUACCUUCAUUUUUUCACAGUAUAUUGUAUUUGAUGUACAAAAACUUGAUAAGUUACUAAAAUUGUCACAAAUGUUUAAACGUUAGGUUUUAAAGUACGAGUAAAUACGACUUAAAUACUCGUAUUUAAUGCACAAUACUAGGCAAGUCUCAGCAUCAUAUACGCAUAAACUUAGGGAAUAAUAAACAGUUCAUGCCAAAUUGUAACUAAUAGUGAAAAUAAUUCUAGUCUUUUGAUUACCGAUAUAUUCCGUGAUAUUAAACACUAUUAAACUAUUAAACUUUUAAAUUUUGAAUAAUUUGAAAUGCCGGUACUACAUUUGACGACGCCAUGUCUGUCGAAUGCGGAAUUAAUUAGUUUUCUUUUUUUGAAAUAGUGCGGUUUUUAUUUUUAUCAUAUUAGCUCCCUAAACAAAAUGUUUCAUUUAACUUAUUUUGCACUUUUAUUAAAUAUUAUUCAUAACAUUGCAUUCUCCACGUUUAUUAGUAUGUGUUAAGACUCACCCUGUAAACUCGUAUAUAGGUGAUUUUAAAGUAUGUGCAAAUAUUUUAACAGGUGAUAAUAGACCUCAAAAGAUGUCGAAACAAUUCAUCUUGCCCUAUCUGAAUGUUUAUACUUUUUGAGAUAUAGCGAGAUGUAGCGCAGUCUAUAACUUCACCGAUUCAAAUUGCAAACAGGUAUGAUCUUUGAGGUUAGCUCUUCAAAAUCUAUGGGUGCGUCAGAACUCGCGCCCCAGAGAAAAAUUUCAAAUAAGAUAAG